AUGUCGCAUAGCUCUGAGCUAUUACAGACACAAGUGCCGCUUGUGCUUGGUGAGCAUACCCAGCAUCCCUCACCACUUCCAGUACAAAACAAAGCACGCUACUAUGACUACAACUCACGCUCGCAAAGUCUGAGCAGUAUCAAAGCUGAGACGAAGACUUUGCUGAAUAGCUCAUCUUACCAAGGCCACGCAAAGUCUGCAAGAAGGAAGACAAUACCUUCGGUUAGGAGACUAUUCAAAAAGCUUUGGAGAGGAGACUCAAGGUUGAUGCAUCCAAUAAUCUUGGUAGAUGAUCCUUUAUCAAGUUCUCGGUCGUGA